UUAAAAUAUGAAAUAGUAAGAAAUAGAUUCGAUUUUUUUAAAAUUAGGAUUAAAUCACGCAAAACCUUAGGUCAAGUUCAUCAUAGUUAGCUAUAACAAUGACGGAAAUUAGACCACCGUGUCGCCAAAAUAAGAGCCACUGAAUAAGGAUGUGGGAUCCAACAGGAGGACACGGGAGUUUGACAGGCUAGUUUUCCUCUUCAUAUGGCAGCCGAGUCGGUGAAAUGUUCAUGUGUAUGGCUGCUGUUCUGGCUCUAUGUCCGGCUGUCCCAGACCACAAACACUCGAGCAUCUAUGGACGAUGACGUCCUGUUGCCCUACGCGCAUGGCCAUGGCCCCUCCCACUCUCAUCGCUACGUCAGGGAUUGUCAGCCCAUCAUUCAUGGCAACACCACCUAUGAGAGCUGGCCCUCCAGUAACCACAGUGGGCAGCCGAUCGCUGAGUCCAAGGUGUUUGUGUCUGAUGUCCAGGGGAGCUCCAGGAUUGUUUAUGGUCACAUGACUGUGGUCUACGACCCACUGAGGACGGUGUCAGUGUUGGAGCCAGGGGGGCCAGGCGGCUGCGAGAUGAGACAGAGGGCAUCAGUGCCAGAGACGGCUGAACCUGCUGCGUGUCUGUAUGCGCAAAAUGCGGGUUUUUUCAAUACAUCAACAGGGGAAUGUCUGGGAAACGUGGUGAGCAAUGGCAGGGUGGUGCGGGACAGCGGCGGAAUACAAAAUGCCCAGUUUGGAAUUCGAAGAGACGGCAGCCUAGUGUUUGGGUAUCUGUCUCAGGAAGACAUUUUGGAUCAGUCCAACCCGUUUGUCCAGUUAGUCAGCGGGGUGGUGUGGUUACUGAGGAACGGCAAGGAUUACAUCAAGGAGAGCAUGGAGGCUGAGUGUAGCAAAACACAGGAAACGGGGCAUUUCAACGCUUUUGUGAAUGUAGUGUCAGCCCGGACGGCCGUGGGCCAUGAUGCAGAGGGAAGGUUAAUGCUGUUUCAUUUUGACGGACAGACAGGUGUAAGAGGUUUGAAUCUCCCAGAGGUGGUUGAAAUCCUGAAGAAGCAUGGAGUGAUCAAUGCCAUUAAUCUGGAUGGCGGUGGGUCUUCCACCUAUGUGAAUAAUGGCUUUUUGGCCAGCUACCCAUCUGAUCAUUGUGAAUCAAAUGGCAAGUGGCGCUGUGCGCGAAAGGUCUCCACCAUCCUGUGUAUCCAUAAAAGACGAUGCCAGGCAGCAGACUGCAGCGGGCACGGAGACUGUGUGGAUGGAGCCUGUCGGUGUCAUGAUGGGUGGAAGGGGGCUGCCUGUGACUCUUUGGUGUGUCAGCCAUCAGCCUGUGGACACCACGGCGUCUGCACUGCCAAUGGCUGUGUCUGUGAUGCUGGAUGGAGAGGAAAGAGCUGCAGCCAAGAGUGCCUCGCUGGUUUCUAUGGUGACGGCUGCAAUCAGACCUGCUCCUGUGUUAAUGGCGGUUCCUGCGACCCCGUCCACGGACGCUGCACCUGCCCUCCAGGUUUCCAUGGCAACUCCUGUGAGCAAGUAUGUCCUCUGGGUUUCUAUGGUCUGUCCUGUGCACAAGAGUGUCAGUGUGAGGACCUGUGUCCAUGUGACCCCCAGACAGGAAGCUGCAACAGCACACUGCCAGGAGACGCCAACUACACCUUACACAGAGCUGGACACUGUCUGGCCAGAAAGAUGUUUACAUCUUGGAGACAAGACGAAGACGCUCACAGAGAGCAGCCUUCUUUGACAGAGCGAACAUGGCUGAUCAUCACCAUCACCCUGGUCAGUCUCCUCUCAGCCAGCCUGCUGGUCCACCUCGUACAGGCGUGUCGUGUCGUCACAGAGGCAUCUUACUUUCCUGAGCGCCAGGAUUACUCCUACGUCCCACUGACCAGUAUCAAAGGAGCCAAUUCACAAGCCACAGAUGACACUGGUAGAUCUGGGGAAAGGGGUUUUCAACUGGAGGACUCAGACUCUCAGGAUGAAGUCUGAUCUCCUUCACACUCAGGCUGGUCGUAGCUGUCAGGAGAACCAAGGGCAGUGAGUGAGGACAGUUUUAUUGCACAAAGAGACAAAACUGGACUCGGUGAUCCUCUGAAUAUUUACUCUUCUUAUCAAUGACAGGUUUCUAUCAAGAGUUCAGCUAAAAUUAAACUGAAACUAAAGGACAAAGUACAACAGCUUUGUUGUAUUCUUGAACAUGCAUCCAUACAUAAGAUUUUUGCUUACAGGCGUGGUACUUGAUCAGCAAUCUGAAUGUCUCCAUCCCAGCACCAGGUACAACACACUUCUCAAGUUUUGGUUCUGUGAUGAACUAUUAUCAGGCUGUAUCACAAACUCAUGCUAAUGAGUUAUCCAGUUAAAUGUCAGUGAAUUUUUUUUACCCUUAGUAAAAAUGUGAUUGAUUUUUUUUUUUUUUCAUACUUGACUUAGAAACAGAAAUCAUCAAAGUUGAGAAUCAAAUUUAACUGGAACACGCCAGCAGUUUUUAAGCUUAGUGAAGCUAUAGAGCCAAAGCACACCCCAGACUGUGUUGAGCUUGCUUUGUGAUACUGACUCGUGUAAUCAGUUGAACUUUGGAUUUCCAAGCAAACUGUGUUUCUGUCAGAAUGUUUUUUUAAAACAAGACGAGUGUCCACACUGUGCACUGACCUCUAUGUCUGAAUGUCAAGUAACUAUGAGGAUAAAGCUCUUUGAACUUGGGUGUAGAAAGGUGCCAAUUUUAUAUCAAAUCUUAUUUUUUUAAAAAUCAGUUAUUAUGUAAUUUAUAAGCAUAUCCAGACACCCAGUGUGUAUUUAUGAUCUCAUUUAUACCUGUUUUAAACAGAAAUAAAGUAAACAUCAGGAUUCAUUUUUGACUAUUAAAAGUAGAACUCAUUUCCAAUUUGUUUCUGUAUUCAGUUCUAUCCCAGCACAGCAAUAAGAAUAACUAUUGAUUCCAGAAGGGAAAUUCAUAUGUCUGACAUAGUUCAUCUGCUAUUUGUAUGAUAAUUAAAACCCCUGCUGGCUGUGGGUAUGAAAGGAGAGAGGAGCCUUAUUUUUUAUUUAUUUUUUUUGGUUCCAUAAAGAUGUCAUAAAGUGGGUGAUCAGAGUUGUUCAGCUUCUGGGGUGCUGGUUUCUGUGGCCUUUAUACUCACCAUUCUCGCCCUUGUGAACAGUGCUGUCCAGUGAAAGUGGUGUCGCGUCUGCUGGCGCAAGUUGAGCUUUGGUGUAGUUUUUGGCUGGUCUUGCUACUCAAUUUUUGUAACUUCACGUGGGACCUGCGGCCAACACUGCGGGAUUUAAAUCACGAAAGUACCAUCUAUUGGUUUUUAGUGCCAGUUUACUGAUAUGUGAGUACAGAAGCUCAGAUUCACAGAUUAUACAGAACGAGAUGCUGCAACAGUUUUAAAAGAUGAGACUUUGUGGAAAAAGCUUUUUUUUUUUUCUUUUAUAAAGUCACGAUGAUAUGUUUUUGAUAUGUUGAACACUGCUUCGAGUACUCACUCCCUCUGUGCCGGUAUAAAUGGUAUGGAGCUGUGGUUACAUCACUGUUUGCGCGCAACACAACCAAUGCGGCGAGUAUAAUGGGCCCAUAAUUCCACUCAGUCACAGCACAGACUCAGUGAUUGUCUUUGUUGGUCAGAAAUUUCUGGGACGAAAAAGUGCAAAGAUUCAGUUCUCCCUAAUCCUCUUUGUCCAUAUGAGCCAUAAGACUGCAGCUUGUGACCUCCACCCAUCUCAGUCUAAUCUAAUCUGAGAUUCAGAAAACACUUUUCCACAUUUCAUUGCCACUAAGAGGCAGAGUAUUUAGAGUCCGCUUGGUUCCAAGCAUUUCCUCAUCAAACCCUGACAGUGUUUGUGAUAAAUCUAUGCCAUAGGUACGUUGUAACUGCAAAACCAUUUGAAAUCUUAUGCCAUAAGCUGAUGUGCAUCUCGCCAGAAAUCUAACAGCAUGUCACUGUCAACACAGCCCACACAGGUAUAAUUGCUCUCAAUGGUGUUGGCCACUUGUGGAGGUUAUGUUGUAGGUGCUACUGCAGAAGCAUAAUUCAGGCAAAAGUGCGAAGCCCUCUGCUGAUGUUUGCAUCCACAGAUAGUUUGUUACAAUGCACUGACUAUGACUUUAAGCCGACUGCACUGAAGCGUAAUGGGAAUUACUGCUCAUACGUAGUGUCCACAUCUGGAUCUGUGACAGAAUAUAAUUGCUGUUUGAGUGCACAAACGUGUCCUAAUUUGGGUGCUGGAAGCACCAAAGGAAAUGUGAUGAUGUUGGUAUCCUGGACUUGUUACUUGAAUGAAACGGGCUUUCAAAGUCAUAUUUUUAUGUUUGAAGUCUAGCGUCAUCCAUGUAAGCUGGACUUUGGUGCCCAAUAGAUAUCCGGUCAGCAUAUUUGCAUUUAGCAUGGUAGCAUACUGAUAUUAAAUGCUAACUGAAACACCAGCUUAGUUACUGGUUAUUAUGGUUGUCAGAGGAAAAUAAAUGAAAAAGGAGAGUUCAGGUCUAAGAUUAUUUGGCUGCGAACACAGUGAGGUGUGUUUCCAAGCUUCAGUUACAACUCAAUUUGUCAGCAUCUAAACCUUAAACCUUACUGGGUUUUCAACCCAUUUGUUGUACAACAUGGUAAAAUAAUGUUUAUUAGUGCUGUAAAGUUGGGUAUUUUAUGGGAGUCUUCUGGAGCCCAUCCUAAAGUCACCGAUUGAAGAACUGCAGUUUUCGGUACUUUGUGUGGGUUUCAUUUUUCAGCACUGGAGGUCGCAGCUUGGCUCAUACCAAUGAUGGUGUCUAACAUUAGCCAAAAAGUCCGAUUAUAUUGUUGGCAUGCUAAUGUCAUUGUGCCAGAAUGCUGUAUUGAAUAAAGAUUGUGUUAACAUAGAAUUAGUAAAAGUAAGGAGAUCACCAAAGUCAGUGGGAUUGUCUUCUGAGAGGAAUCCACCCAACAUUUGUCAAGAUGAUGGACAAAGAGAAAAAUACUCUUAGCUGCUUCUUCUGCUGCUGCUGCUAAGUGGUGAUCUGGCUUUAUGUAACUUGUUUCCUGUUGGUGCUGUAUUGAUGGUCAGCACAAAGGGAAGGCACUGGGUCAUUUAAUGUUUAAGCAAACAGGUUGAUUUUAUGUUUUUUUUUGUUUUGUUUUGUUUUUUUUCCUGUCAAAACUCAGUGUGAUUUAUUUAAACCCCACUUCACAGACUGGCCUUAUUCUUUUUGUGGUGUUUUGGGAGGGUUGUUCAGGAUCAGCACUGUGUUUUCAUGAGGAGACUCUAGUGUUGCUGCACAGUGACAUAGAUUUUUUUUAUUAUUUGCAGAGAUAAGGCCAAACCUUCACCUGCAGGUAACUGGGGCUUGCAGUUAACUCUUAGUUUCACUUUCACAGUUUUUACAGAUUUUUUUUUUUUUUUUAAACUUGUUCUGAGUUUCCCAUCUUGUGUCUGUCACUUGAAUGUUUUAUAAGUGAGGAUUUUUUGUUUGGAUUUAUUUAAGAAAGACAGGAGUUAAGGACAUUUGUGUUUUUGUUCUGUAUGGCAGUCUAAA